AUGGUUUUAAAUGAGGUCACGCUGGUCACCACCACGAAACAAACAAUUAGUGAACGAGAUGAAAAACGGAAAAAUUUUUUAUUUGAAAAAUUAUUUCCUGUUGUUUAUUUUUCAUUUAUAACUACUGUUGGUGUCUUAUCUGGAUUUGGUUAUGCAUUUGUAGCAACAAAAAAACGUGAACAAGUGCCAGAUAAUGAAGCAGAAGCAGCAGCAUUGCUAAAUAAUGAACGGGUAUAUCGAGAUGGAAAUCGUUUAGCAUUACGUGCAUUAACUCGUGCAACUAUCUACAGUCUAACUGGUGUUAUUGGUUUUUCAUCAUUUUUAUGGUUUAUGAGUGGUGCAAAAAAUUUUCAAGAAUUUCGCUAUUGGAUGGGUUCAUGGUUACCAAAAAUAUCAUCAAAAAAUCAAAAUCAAGAACGAACAGAAUUUAAAAAUUUAACAGAAUUAAUUCAAUAUAUUAUUGAUGAAGAUGAAAAGAAAAAACAACAGAAAAAAUUAUUACAAAAACAGGAGCAAAGUUAA